UGGGCCAGCAGCCCAGCACGUGUCUUCCCCUGUUGCGCGUCUCCCUCUCACGCCUCUCUGCCCCUCUCGCGAAGGAGACCGGACUCAAAGCCAAACUCCCCCACCUCGCCGCCCGAUCCGACGCGCCGGCGGCCGCACGCAGCUCUCCGGUGGCCGUCGAACCAUCCGCGCGGGCGGCCACGUCGCUCGCCGUAGCCGCCCACAAACGAAGGAUUCGGCGCAUCCCGCCGGCUCGCGGUGAUCUGACAGGAGGAAGGCCGUAGGCGUUAGCUGCUAGUCUCUGCGUUGGGCGAUGUCGAGGGUUCGCGACAGGACCGAGGACUUCAAGGAGUCCGUCCGCGUCGCCGCGCUCGGCCAUGGGUACACGGAGUCUCAGUUAGCCGUGCUCAUGUCUUCCUUCAUCAUCCGGAAGCCGGCCCCCAAAUUACCCUUUACAAAGGCUGCAAUCAAGACGCUUGAGAGUAUCAGGGAACUGGAGAAGUUUAUUGUGAAGCAUAGGAAGGACUAUGUUGACUUGCAUCGCACCACGGAGCAAGAAAGGGACAACAUUGAGCAUGAGGUCAGUGUUUUUGUAAAAGCAUGCAAGGAACAAAUAGAUAUCCUAAAGAACAGGAUCCAUGAAGAAAAAGGUGGAAGUACAAAGACAUGGCUUGGUACAAGCGAUGAGAGCUCCCGGUUGGAUUUGAUAGCUCACCAGCAUGGCGUGGUUUUGAUUUUGAGUGAGCGUCUUCACUCAGUAACUGUGCAAUUUGAUCGUCUUCGGACCAUGCGUUUUCAAGAUGCUAUUAACAGAGCGAUGCCAAGAAAACGGAUUCAGAAGAAACGAGAAACCAAAGCUGCUGAACCAUCUAAGCCAAACCUUGUAUUAAAAUCUGAUGUUUCAAAGGUUGAAGAUCAGGAGGUCUCUACUGCACCACUAAGAGUUCAAGAACAACUCUUGGAUGAUGAAACAAGAGCUCUUCAGGUGGAGUUGACAAAUCUUCUUGAUGCUGUCCAAGAAACAGAGACAAAGAUGAUAGAGAUGUCAGCACUUAAUCAUCUCAUGUCAACACAUGUUCUACAACAAGCUCAGCAGAUCCAGUAUUUAUAUGACCAGGCAGUUGAAGCUACAAACAAUGUGGAGCGUGGGAACAAGGAGCUAUCCCAGGCGAUCCAGCGCAACAGCAGCAGUAGAACCUUCCUCCUACUUUUCUUCUUUGUUCUUACCUUUUCCGUUCUCUUUCUGGAUUGGUACAGCAAAUGAAGCUUAUGUAAACGCCGUGAUUUUUUUUCCCAUUCUGAAAGUGGAUCAAGUUAUCAGUCAAUCCAUGUCUCGCUAGGUUUACUGGCCUUUUACGUGCAAUGUAUUACUGCAUUCAUCA